AUGGUCAAAUCUCCUCCUCCUACAAAAUCACCGAGCUCAAAAUCUGAUUCUCCUCCUCCUACAAAAUCACCGAGCUCAAAAUCUGAUUCUCCUCCUCCUACAAAAUCACCAUCUUUACCUGGACCGGCAUCAAUUAUGGAGGGCAAAGAAGAUGAUAUCCCGGUCCAAGAAGAUGACAUCCCGGUCCAAGAAGAUGACAUCCCGGUCCAAGAAGAUGACAUCCCGGUCCAAGAAGAAGAUAUCCCGGUCCCGGUCGAAUCAUCCUCCCCAUAUCAACCCAGCAACCCAAGGAUCCAGUCUCAAGUUGAACCUAGCUCCACAAGCAUUGUGAUAACCGACCUGAAAGGCUAUAACUACCAAACAGGUGCGCUAUAA